AUGCCGUCCAUUCCAACCAGCCUCAACACCACGGAUCCGAUCGCCACCGCCUCUUCCAGCUGGUGGGUGGGGGGCCCAAGGGGAACCCGGCCCUGGACCGGCCAUGUGGCAUUGCAAGGUCGGCGUCGGUAUUACCGUGUCGGCCACCCUGCCCUUUCUAAUGUAAGGUUUCAUCACCAGGACAAUUCAGCCCAACCAGACACGCAGUAUCUGCACCGAUCUCACCGACGAUUGGAGCUCUCUCCACACGUCAUUUCCCCUUCAAUUGUGCACACCUUCGGCGCAAUUGGGCAAGGCGUCAUACACGGGGAGGCCCUCGACGCCGUAGGCCUCGGGAGGCUUCCUGCUGCCUUCCGUGCAGAGGGUGACCGUCCCCGGAGGCCCGGAUCGAUCCCAGGGUCAGGGGACCGAGGUGUUAAAAUUAGCAAUCAAAACAACAAUGGGGGAGGGCUAACCCUGCGGGCCCGGGGCGUCCCACUCUGUGAACCCUUCGAUUCGGCCUUCUGGAAGGCUUUGACGCAUCCAUUCCCGCCCCGCCGAGGCUUAACCCGGCGGACACUUAGAAUGAUCCACACACUCCUGCGUCUUGCACCAAGGAUCCCUCUGACUCCGGGGGCAUGCAGCUGGCAGAGGAGGAGGACUGGCGACGUGGUACUGGCGGUGACCACACGCACUCGGCCUCGCCUCAUGUUGCAACUCCAGGCUGAAUGUUGCAGGGAGGAUGCCAGUUGCCGGAUUCAAUUGGGUCAAAUAGCGACGAACCAUGUCAGGACUACCUAUGCCUUUGUGACGAGGCCGGCAACUCUAGCAUCGCGAUUGCUGUGCUUUGCCACAGCAUCUUUGUCCGUCUGA